GAUAAAGGUGCUCAGAGAUGUCCUAUCCGUACUCGGACCCACGCACCUUCCUGUCCAGAUCACCUGCUCCUGUCAGGAAAAUCAAUCAUUUCUUACUUCAAUUUAAAGAAAACGAGGAUUAGAACAAUAUGGACACUUGGAUCCAUGCGUAAAAAGGCGCACUGGUUUGGCUCCUGGAUUAUAUUACAUGCUUCGUUUUGGGACUGAGCUGUUCCAUUAGACCACGUGUCUGAGUGAACCUGGAUUCAGCAAUGACUGAUGGCUGCCAUCGCCUGCAUCUUCCCCAUUUUCAUGACGGACAGUGACAAAAGGGAUCCUCACCAAUGCUGAGCUUUGGAGGAGGAGGCGGGGGAGGAGGAGACAAGCUUGCAUGCCUUAACUCUGAUUUAACACCAGUUUUUGUGACAGUCGCAGUGAAUUUGCCCUGAGAUGCCUCCCAGCUGUGAAGAUGAUGACAGAAGGAACCAUCUCUGCGCUCCUCACUGGUGAAGUUGUUGGACCUAAAGGGCAAAAUGGUUUUCCACCACUUGUUCUUCUGGGUUGUAUUUCUGACUCAGUCAGUUCUGUGUCAAGUUAAGACCCACUCACACGCUGAAGAUGAGCUCUUCAAGACGUUGUUUUCUGGUUACAACAAGUGGUCCAGACCGGUUCCGAACAUCUCUGAUGUCGUCAUUGUCAAGUUUGGACUGUCCAUAGCACAGCUCAUUGAUGUGGAUGAAAAGAACCAAAUGAUGACAACUAACGUGUGGCUUAAACAGGAGUGGAAUGACUACAAGCUUCGCUGGAGACCAUCUGACUAUGAUAACGUGACAUCCAUCAGAGUUCCAUCGGAGCUCAUCUGGGUCCCAGACAUCGUCCUUUAUAACAAUGCUGACGGUGAAUUCGCUGUGACUCACAUGACCAAAGCCCACCUGUUCUACACAGGUAAAGUGCGCUGGGUCCCUCCUGCCAUUUACAAGAGCUCCUGCAGCAUCGACGUCACCUUCUUCCCCUUCGAUCAGCAGAAUUGCAAAAUGAAAUUCGGCUCCUGGACUUACGACAAGGCCAAGAUUGACCUGGAGCAGAUUGAAAACAACGUGGACUUGAACAACUACUGGGAGAGCGGCGAGUGGGCCAUCAUCAACGCCGUGGGGACGUACAACACGAAGAAAUACGACUGCUGCCACGAGAUCUACCCAGACAUCACCUACUUCUUCAUCAUUCGAAGGCUCCCUUUGUUUUACACCAUCAACCUCAUCAUCCCUUGCUUGUUGAUCUCCUGCCUGACUGUUCUGGUUUUCUACCUGCCCUCAGACUGCGGCGAGAAGAUCACUCUUUGUAUUUCCGUGCUCUUGUCCCUCACCGUCUUCCUCCUGCUCAUCACAGAAAUCAUACCGUCCACAUCCCUCGUCAUACCUCUCAUCGGAGAGUACCUCCUCUUCACUAUGAUUUUUGUCACUCUGUCCAUCGUCAUCACUGUGUUUGUGUUAAACGUGCAUCAUCGCUCCCCCAGCACUCAUAAGAUGCCCCGAUGGGUCCACUCUGUGUUCCUGGACUUGAUCCCGCGCUGGCUGUUCAUGCGCCGGCCUGCGCCUGAUGGACGACGCUGCAGGCUGCUGCUGCUGCAGCAGGAAGCUGCGGAGGAACGGCGGCAGAUCCGAGCAGCUGGGCACAAAUCUGCAAACUGCAUCAGCACCUCCUCGACCUGGUUUAGAGAUGGGAACAGAUUGGAAAACCCAGAGCGUAGCUGCUAUGAGGAUUUAGAGUUGGGAACUUUGACAACAUACUUUUCCUUCCGUCCCCCCUCACCAAGACCCCCAGGGUCGACUCCUCCAUCACAGCUAAAUCAAACUCAGAAGCAGCAAGAGGGAGCCAACAGACAGUCGGGUGGAAGCAGGUUUAAUUCCACUCAGCGCCGCGCUAAAGGUGACAACUUGGUGUCGGACUUCAAGCUGUCACCGAGUGUGAUGCGGGCGCUAGAGGGGGUCCACUACAUCGCAGAUCACCUGAGAGCCGAGGAUGCAGAUUUUAGUGUGAAGGAAGACUGGAAGUAUGUUGCCAUGGUGAUUGACCGCAUCUUCCUAUGGAUGUUCAUCAUAGUGUGCCUGCUUGGGACUAUAGGCCUCUUUCUGCCCCCAUGGCUGGCUGGCAUGAUUUGAACUCUGUGCGAAAGUGUUUAAAACAUGUAGCUGAAACGUCCACACCGGGAACGUGUUUGGAUAAAGCUGUACCACCUCCGUGGCCUAAAGAGUCUAUAAAACACAUCACCACCUACAAAACUACCGAUGAUGAAGACGUGUAUCCCACAACAACUUUUUAAAGUUCAUUUUCAGGUGUUUGUUUUAUGUAGCGCUAAGAUUUCACAUGUACUCACACGAGAUGUUACGGAGGUGGUGGUUGUCCUGAAUGCUAAUGUUAGCAUGUUAGCAUUCAUAAAGGAAUUAUGUGUGCUGCUGUUUGAAAAUCAGAACAAUGAUUUUGUUCAUAUUGUCCCUAAAACCUGUUCGUAAAGCAUGCGAGUUGGAGUGGUACCCGUCUAGGACUAAAUUCAGUAGCUGACCAAGUUCUGGGACCAAAAUAAUGUAAGAAUGUCAUUAAUGUUGUCAUAAAUGUUGUCAUCAGACCUUCUCGUGUGUUGUUUAAAUUGUUGCUCUAAAAUGUCAAAGACAGUUAAAAUUGGAUCAAAUGUCACUAAAAAUUACAGAAAUUGUUGUUACAAAACACCAAAACUAUUAAACAAUAUGCAAUGUACACCUGAUCUGACAGUACUUGUUGAACAAUUUUCAUACAUGUUUUAUAAGACCAGGUGAUGUAAUCAUACUGAGGUCAUUUUGCUUUUCCUGUUUUUUCCCCCUCCUCACAAAUGUAACUUAAAAUAAUCUAAAUAAUAUUUUAUUUACUGGUAACGAGGGCAGCUGAAUUCCUCGUGAAGUCAUUCAUAAACUCAGGAUUGUUUGGUGUACACUGUAAUAAAUUAAUUGUUGAGUUAACUUCACCAAAUGAUGUCAACUAAGCUUAGUUGCUUAAAUAUAAAGAGUAAUGUGCAUUUUAAUAGGUUAUGUUGAAAGUAAAUGUACAUUACUCUUUACAUUUAGUGGAACCAGUUGACAUAUUCUGGUUAAGUAAAUUACACACUGAGUUUUUUACAGUGUAGCUAAACAACUCAGCUUUAAUUCAGUCAAAAACCAACUGACCAUUUUCUUCUGUUGUAGUUCAGCUUCUUGUUAUUAAGAAAUGUCCUGAUAAUAAGGAUGUGAGCACUGGAGUUGAAUCUGAAUACAGUAAGAAAGGUGUCCGACAUAUUGAUUUAUUUAUUUAAUGCAAUGCUGCCAAAAUUACAUUCAUUUUUGAAUGAAUAUACAACGUAAUAAACAUAUUCAUGGAAAAA